UCACUCUUCCAAUUCCGCCUAUUUAUGCUCGACGAAGAUGCUCGUUCUUGUUUCUCGUGUUGCAGGACGAUGGAGAAGAUGUCGUUUUCGCUGAUCUGUGUUGCCUUCUUCUGCUUGAUCUUCUCCUGCAAUGGGAUCGAGUCUCCUCAGUUCACGAUCCUUCACUCCGAAUCAGAUUUCGAGAUAAGACUGUACCGAGAAUCUUCGUGGAUGUCAGCUCCUGUUACUGGAAUUUCAUUCGAAAAGGCGACCAAGGAGGGCUUUCACAGAUUAUUCCAGUACAUCCAAGGUGCCAAUUUAAACUCCUCUCGAAUCAGAAUGACAGCUCCUGUGCUGACAAGCAUUGUCCCUGGAGAAGGGCCCCUGGGCUCAUCAGCCUUCUUUGUUCAGUUCUACUUGCCGGUGAAGUUUCAAGCAGUACCACCUCUACCUCUCCCAGAGCUGAACCUCCAAUCUGAUGCAUGGGGAAGCCGUUGCAUCGCAGUCAGGAAGUUCUCAGGGUUUGCUAGGGACAGCAACGUUGUUGAGGAAGCAGAGAAACUUGAUGUAAGCUUGAGCAGGUCUCCAUGGGCAAACUCCACUACUUCUGAUAGUAAAUAUGCUUACUCAAUUGCGCAGUAUAACUCCCCUUUUCGGGUUAUUGGGCGGGUAAAUGAGAUCUGGGUGAAGGUUGAUGGAUCUGAACUGGAUGGCUGUGGAUCCAGUGGUGUAGCUACAUAUUGAAUAGUCUCAGAAUUUAGUGGGUCCUGCUGAGAGUCGCUUGAAUGUAUAUUGCUGUAUGGUACUUUGUGUCACUGUACUUGUGUAUCAUAGACAUCUAUAUAGGACUGUGUUGCUGGAUAUUUCAGUUGAACACUUGUAUACUGCCUUUCAAAUGUGAUUUCCACUUGUGGACAACAAGAUACAGGACUUGAAAUAUGUGAUUAUUCCUGUACAUGCAUGAAUCAUCAUCUUAUUUUGCACAAA